AUCCCCAACACCCCGCCAUACACCAAUAACAUUUCAAAAAUACCCACACUAAGAACCAAACGUCGUUAUCGUAUUCGCCAUCUCAUAUCGCAAGAUCCCAGCAAAUUUCCUCGGGUUGCUGCAUGAACCGGCUCGGCGUGUCAUUAUUUACAUUUAGCAAACACAAACCCCGAGAUGCGCAAAUCAACUCCGGACUUCCAAAUCCACGUGGAUGGUUCUUGCUUAUCCGAUCCGGCGAAUACAGAGCACGAUAAAGAAAACGCAAUGUCCGCAGAACGCGUUUCGAGUAACCAGACAGUGGUGCAUCAUGAUUCUUGGGGAGAUGCGUCAGAAGAAGAGAAAGCUCCGGUCGAGGAAAUGCUGAAGGGUGAGGAACCGGCAGAGAGCGAGCAGGAAGACAAGACAGAGGAUGCAAUUGAUGAGGAGCACGACAUGGAACAAGCGGCGAGAGAACGGCAGAUCGACCGAAUCGAAGCUCAGAUCCAGGCUGCAGCACGAGCGGUAGUUGCAAGCAUUGAACAAGACCACUACGGAGGUCCCACAGACCCCGAAGUCAGUAUGCGAACGGAUGAGAGUUACGAACCUGAAAGGACAGAGUUGACAUACGAUGGGACGGAGUUGACCUACGAUGGAACAGAAGCCACGUACGAGUCUGAUCAUGAACAACACUCUGUUCAUGAAGAGAAUUUGACUUCCCAUCACGACGCAACGCCCGAGCCCGAUCAUAACCAGCACCCCGAGAAUAAAGGAGGAGACAGUUUGCAUCACGAUGCAGCAUAUGAGUCUGACCACGAUCAACACUCCGAGCACGGAGGAGAUUCGAGCUCGCAUCACGAUGGUGAUAUUGAUGACGACGUCUUCAGCCACUCCGAUGGUAGCAAACGAAGCAGUCUCAACUCCCUCCACGAACUCAGCGCCGACGAGAAUAUCAAACUCCUCACCUCUCCUGCCGUUGGCGAGGAAGCAGCAUCCAGCAAUGAGAACGAACCCAUCUCUCGAAUCCCAAGCGGAGCAUCCUACAUGCAUCAACCUGUAGACUCCACCCCCCGCACACCAGGCAAAGUCCUCUCGCGACCGCCUUUUCGAACCCCCUCCUCCGUCCGCGCAAUACAAAUGUCAUCCCCCACACCAUCAAUCUUCUCCUCUCCACGCUCUACAAAACGGCCGUUCCCUGCUGUUUCCAGAAUAGGGACACCGAACUCGCACAACUCGCCCUCAAAACGGACACCCACACGCUUCAAACCAAAACAACUCCCUCUCGUCUUACUGCACGUUACAGUCCUCCCUCUCCAAUGGCCAUACUCGCAUCUCAUGUCCGUACCCGACGUUCCAGAAUCCCUACAAAGUGUCAAAGAAAGCUGGCGUCUCCUCCAGGAAAAGUUAGGAGACACAGUCCUCGAACGUGGAAUCCUCCUUCCGCAUCCCCAAGACUCCUAUGAAAUCCUUGAAGAGCGACUUCUCGAGGCCCUCGAACUACCCGUUCACCCACGAGCCCUAAUCCUAAAAUGCGGACACUACAUGGGGCCCUCAGAGACGCCCUCAUCCGACGAAGAAGCGGGGGCACCUGGCGAAUAUUCUUGGAAUAGUGCACAAGGACAGCGGAAAUGGUGCGAUAUCUGUGGCCGAGACGUCAGAGUUGAAGAAAUCGGCGACGUCGCGGAAGGAGAGCGGCGAUUCAGAGUCAAGAUCUAUGCGAGUAAUGGGUUGAUGCGAGCCGGUGCGUGGGCGGCUGCGUGGCGGGAAAUGGAGAGGGUGGAUGUGGAGAUCGAGCCGUUUGUUGAGGGAGCGUUGGCGGUGGAGUUGGAGCAUUUGGCGACUAUCUCGCCAAGCAAGAUUCCUACUCAUGACCUUCAUGAGGAAGAUGACGGGUUCGUGGACGAAGAAGACGUGAUUGAGCACGUCCAUGAUCAUCAUGAACAUAAGCAUCAUGAACAUGAACAUCGUGAGGAGCCGGUACAUGAAGAAGACGAAGCAACGAGACUGAAGAGACUCCAAAACGAAGAGCGUAUGCGAGAAAUCUACGGCCCGGGUCUCGAUACGCCGUGCCCUCCACCAAGACCUGCACCAUAUCGGCGCACCAGCUCAAGAGCGUCGACAGGGUCGGUAAAUGGUGACUCGCUGCCCGACCUCUUGCUCGCGGCGUUCAAGGUCGCGAUGAGGGAUAGGAAAAAUGUCGCGAUUGUGGUGUUGAGUUUGUUCAUCCUCAUCCUCUCUCUGAGGCCGAAUUCUGCAAUCGAACAGCCGAAUAAUGUGGUCGUGAUGCCGGAGCCGGCGGUGAAGAUUGAGACAACGACUGUGUUUAGGGAGGCGACCGUGACAGAGAUGGUUCCGGUCCUAGUCACAACUUCGAUCGUUGCUCCUGUGGAAGUUCCAACACAUGUAGCUGAGCCUGUUCAGGUUGUGCAGAGCGUAGAGAGUCAGGCUCCGAUUGUUGAGAUACCGGAGGCUCAGCCGGUCUCAGCUCAAGAGCACAUCGAACAGUUCGUCGAGGCACCUGUUCCAGCCCGCAUACCAGAGGAGAAAGUGAUCGCACCUUCGCCUGAUCCUCCGUCCGUGGAAGUACCGAUUCAAUUUCCUGUUCCCGCCGAAGCCCCGCGCCAGGAACCAGUCCCCGUUGAUGUUGUGACUGAGUCGGAAUGAACCUUGUUCAUGUAAGAGAGAAGGAGGAGAAGGAGGAAGGAUAAGGAGGAAGUAAUGUGAAUAUCCAGAUUGUAAAUAUGGAAGCGAUGAAUAUUGGAUUGACGAGUAUUUGAGCGAGCUAGCGUUGUUUGUGUUUGUGUUCUGCUUUGGAAUGUGCAAUGGGUUGUUAGAAUGAGAGACUAUGAAACUGUGUAUUUAGAUAGCUAGUUCGUGAUACCGUGUCGCUACUCAAGGAGACUUAGAGAGUGUGGAU